GUGGUCAGAACAGGAAAGAGGCAUACUGUCUAUAAGUCUAAAACUGGAGUUCAGUCUCACUCAGCAUCAAAACAUGAGAGAACUGACACCACUCUGCUGGCAGCUCUUGCUGUUGAGUACACUGGUAUACUGUAGCCUCGGACAAGGUGGAGUUCUCUCUUAUCCAGCCUCUCUGAGCGUCAGUCCUGACAGAUCUCAGUUCUUUAAAUUAGAGUCUGUCGCUCUGAGCUGUGAGGUUCAGGGGAACUCUACUGGAUGGAGACUGAAGAGAUCUACAGUCUCUGGGGAGCGUUCAGAUUGUGGAAGAAAAUGGGGAAACCAAGGGUCUUCAUGCAUCGUGUCACUAAUACCAUCAGACAGUGGAGUGUACUGGUGUGAGUCUGGGUCUGGAGAACACAGCAAUGCUGUCAACAUCACAGUACAUGCUGGAGCUGUGAUCCUGGAGAGCCCUGCCCUUCCUGUGAGAGGAGAUUCUGUGACUCUGAGCUGCAGAUAUCAGGUAACUCCCUCUGACCUCACAGCUGAUUUCUACAAAGAUGGAUCCCUCAUCAGGGCUGAGACUACAGGAGAGAUAACCAUCCCUGCAGUAUCCAAGUCAGAUGAAGGACUCUACAAGUGUACCAACUCUGAAGGAGAAUCACCAGAGAGCUGGAUGACUGUGACAGAUCACUCUCUUCCUGCUUCUCUGAGCGUCAGUCCUGACAGAUCUCAGUUUUUUAAAUAUGAGUCUGUCUCUCUGAGCUGUGAGGUUCAGGGGAACUCUGCUGGAUGGAGACUGAAGAGAUCCACAGUCUCUGGGGAUCGUUCAGAUUGUGGAAGAAAAUGGGGGAAACCACAAGGGUCUUCAUGCAUCGUGUCACUAAUACCAUCAGACAGUGGAGUGUACUGGUGUGAGUCUGGGUCUGGAGAACACAGCAAUGCUGUCAACAUCACAGUACAUGCUGGAGCUGUGAUCCUGGAGAGCCCUGCCCUUCCUGUGACUGAGGGAGAUUCUGUGACUCUGAGCUGCAGAUAUCAGGUAACUCCCUCUGACCUCACAGCUGAUUUCUACAAAGAUGGAUCCCUCAUCAGGGCUGAGACUACAGGAGAGAUAACCAUCCCUGCAGUAUCCAAGUCAGAUGAAGGACUCUACAAGUGUACCAACUCUGAAGGAGAAUCACCAGAGAGCUGGAUGACUGUGACAG